UAGGAGAUUUACAGAAAAUCAUCAGCAAGAAAAAGUUGAAUUCAUAUGAACUGCUUUUGGAAAGCCAACUACAACUAAAAUGAGCUUCUGGAAAAGUUUAGAGUGGUUAGCUUAGAAGUGGUUUUACUGGUAAAGAAUGAAAUCUGGAAUGUUAAGUUGGCAAACAUAAAAAACAAAACCUUUCAACUUAGUCCAAACGCUUAAAAAAAGAUGCAUGGGAAGCGCGUGCAGCUCGGUGGUUGAGCGAAGGGGAUUUUGAUAGACCGGCUGAUUUGAUUGGGAGGGAAUUAGGAAGUUUCCUAAUUAAGAUGGAACUAUUUAGGAAUGUUCUUAAUUAAAGGGGAAUGGUUUAAGAAUGUUUUAAUUACAAUUGGAAAGGAAUUAUUUAGGGCAAGAGAUCUAAUUUGAAUUCAAAAUCUAAAAGGGAAUUAUUUAGGGAAGAUGAGGAGGAAUUAAGGGGGGUUAUUUAAGAAAGUUUUAAUUAUUAUUCAGAGGAAAUUAAUUAGGGAAAUAAAUCUAAUUUGAAUUCAUAUUUGAGAGAGAAUUAUUUAGGAAAAGGGGGCUGAUUUAGGAGGGAAUUAUGGGAGCUUAUUAAGGCUAACAAUAGGAUGAUUUCAGGAUUAUGUUUGGAGUUUGCUGAAAUUAGAAUUUCUUAGGUUAUUUGGGCUGUAACCAAAAGCUAGGGGUUGAAAGAGUUAGAUCUUCCUCUCGAAUUAAAGAUCCAACUGUAUCUUGCUAUUUUCUUUCAUAUAUAUUGUAAUAAAAAUAAUUUUGAUGUGUUUUUCUUCCUAACUUCUUAUUGUCAUUCGCUGAUUUCAAGAAAAAGUGCAUCCACUUCCUAUCAGAUUCCUCCCCACGGCUCCUGUUCGAUCCCUUAACGGCCCAAAAAAAAAACAGAUGCAUGAAUAGAGCAGGUCGUAUUUGAACACGUAUAUGCUUGUUUAAGCAUUGAAGGGAAACUUGCUGCCAGCCAGCAUUUGACAUUUUUAAAUUCCGCUUUUACUUUUUAGGCACUUGUGCUGUGUACCUUUAACAUGUUAACAUGUUUCCCUUCUUAUUCUUGUUGUUGGAAGGUAGGAUCAUAGCUGAGUGAUUACUGUAGACUAGCAAAUGAUCACGAACACACACAUGGACAUGGUCAAGAGACUACGAAUACCCAGCCUUAGCAGAUGGGUCAUGAUGACUAAUAUGCAGUUACAUUGACUUCUUGUGAACAAUUGAUGCAUUAAUUUCAAAAGAGGGUAGAAAGUUGAAUGGAGAUAACAAUUAGUAGUGAGACCUUAUGGGAACCUAUAAAUGGAGAGCCCUAACUAGGGGUUUAAGUGAGCAGAGUUGGCUCAAGCUCGACUUGUUUAUGAGCUCGUGAGCCGAGCUUAUCGAGCCACAAGUUGGAGCUUGAUUAGGUUCGGCUCAAGAGCUCGCGAGCCGGCUCAAAAUUAUUAAAUCCGAAUAGUUUUUAAAAAAUUAGUACUAAAUGCUAUAUAAAUCACUCCUGCCUAUAGUUUAAAUUCCAACCAGCAUAUAUUUUGAGAAUUCAAAGUGAUUCUCAAAUCUCAAUUUUUUGUCUCUCUCUCUCAUAGCAAUAAAUGCUAAUAACUCUCCCUGACAAAAUUCAAAAAAACUGCUCUCUCUCUCUCUCUCUCCCUCCCUGAUGAUAUUUUGCUUUUUGCAGGUGCUUCUAUCCCUUCUGUGAAGAACAAUAUUUCAAUAUUGGAGGAUUGCUCUUGAACGGGGCAAAGAGUGAAUAGAAGUAAAUGUGCUAUUCUAUUUAGCAAAAAGACUUCUUCUACUACAAAGUCUAGACUGGCCAGGAUUGCGGGCUGCCGAAGAGUGGAGGAAAUAGACUAUUUGGGGAUCAAAUUAGCUUUGAGGAGACUUACAAAGAAAGACUUUGCUCCAUUAAUUCAGAAGGUGCGUGGCCACACAUUGUCUUGGGGAAUUAGACACUUUUCUUUGGCAGGGAGAAUCACGUUGAUAAACUCAGUGUUGAUUCCCUCAUAUGUUUACUUAGUGUCCCACACACUUGUUUCAAAAUCUGUGCUGAAUGAUGUGGAAAAGAUUUGCAUAAGUUUUUUGUGGGAUAUUGAUUCUGAGCAUAGAAGCCUUCAUUAUGCUUCUUGGGAGGAUGUUUCUAGACCAAGGAGGAAGGGAGGAUUGGGUUUUCAUACUAGUGCCAAAUGGGUUGGACCGUUAAGGGCAAGGAUUGCCUGGGAUUUUAUAAGUAAACCUAUGAACUUAUUCCAGAAUUGUAUGAAACAAAAAUAUGGUAGCUGGCCGUGGGAUUAUAUAGGUAAACGUGGGGAUUCUGUUGGCUGGAAGGUUUUACUGGAUGGAGCAAAUAGCCUUGGUUGUUGCAUUCGUUGGAAAGUUGGCAUUGGCAGUGACAUUGAGGUUUUGAAUCAUAUUUGGAUUUGGGAUAGGGCCAUUUCUUCUUGGCCUAGAUUUUGUGAUAUUACUGCCAUUGAAAAUUCUCGGGUAGCAGAUUUUCUCACGGAUGAAGAAGAUUGGGACAGACCGAAAUUGUUAUUAUGCUUUGGUGAAUUGCUUGUGGAUAGAAUUAUGGGAAUUCAUAUUUACAAGGAGCUUGGUUCGGAUUCUCUGGAGCUGUUGAAGAAUCCGCUUGGCUCUACCAUUUCUUCCAUUGUUUAUAACAGAAUUUUUCUGGAUGAAGAUGAUCCGUGCUGCAGCAUUCUUAAGGCUGGUUUAAAGCCUCAGAUUACGACAUUCUGGUGGAGAGUUUAUAAGGCUAUUAUUCCAACAAAUGGGUGGCUUCACACGAGAGGGCUUGAGGUAAAUGUUCAUUGUCCUGUAGGUUGCAGUAUGCUUGAGGAUUUGGAUCAUGUAGUACUGGGUGUGAUCAAUUGCAUGACAUCUUGAAUGUCCUGGAGAGCUGGGGUUUUCAUACCCCACGGUUUGUAUGUCUUUUGGAGCUGCUGGGAGCAUUGGAGGAUAAUGCUAAGGCUAAGGAGAUGUGGGUGGUGCUUUAUUGUAAUGCUGUGUACUAUAGCUGGAUGAAUAGAAAUGCUUUCAAGCAUGGGAAGGAUCGUUGCACACCUAUCUUUCCACUUGGCUGCAUGUAUCUUGGAAGGUUUCUAUCAAAGUUCUCUUUCUUUCCACUUGGAGCAACGGGACCUUUUUUAAUCCUUUGGAUUGUCUUCUCUUUCGUCUUGGUGUCCCCCCCUACAGGAUGGUUGAAAGUUAAUGUUGAUGGAGCUCUACUUAGAUCCAAUGCAGGUGGAAUUGGAAUUGUUAUUCGGGAUAGUAUGGGCAAGCUGGUUGUAGCAGCUGGUUGGAGUAUUUUCCAUCGGGAUAGUACUCAGGUUGAGAUGAUAGCCAUUCACUACAUUGAUAAGCUUUUUGUGGAGUGGAUGUUUGAACUUAAGGGAGUCAUUGUGGAAGGGGAUAAUGCAAGCGUGAUUGAGUAUUUUCAGAUGUUCAAACAUAAGGAAUUAUGGAAGCAGCAGCCUGAGGAUGUGGAUAAAUGGAGCAGGAUGAAACUAUUCCAACAGGUACUGUUUGUGCAUACUUACAGAAGAUUAAAUAUGGCGGCCCAUUUUUGUGCUCAAAGAGCAUUAGAGGAUUCCUUUCUUUGGGAUAUAGGAGAUAGAAAUAUAUAUAUUCCUCAAGAAUUUUUAGAUAUUCUUGAGGAUGAUAGCAGCUCUUUUUCUUUCGUUUAGGGGCAUGUUAGCCCUUUUUUUUCUUUGCUUGGUUGUACUAGUUUUUUUAUGAAUGCAAAUGCAAAAGUUCAACUCUCUCUCUCUCUCUCUAGUUUUAAUUUUUAAAAAACUUCCCUCCCUCUCUCCCUCUGCAGUUUUAAUUUUUUAAAAAUUCUACGCAUGUAUUUUGAGAACCGCGGAACUUCAAAAGUUGUGAUUUGGGAAGCCGAACCGGACCGCACUGGAGCCUCGACAUGCGGCUCGAUGAACGGCUCAAACUCGUUUACAUUGGAACGAGUCGAGCUCGAGCUCAACUCGAGUUCGAGCUUAAGCUUGGUAUUUAACAAUUGAGCUCGACUCGAACAUCCCCUAACUCAAGCUCGACUCGACUCGUUUACACCCCUAGCCCUAACCAGUAGAAGGAAGAUCAAAUCUAAUUCCUAGACUUUCAUUUGCAAGUUAUAACGCAAGAGUUAUUGGAGGUUACCUAGUAUGCUUGAACCUAUAAACAAUCCUGAUAGGCUCAGUCCGCACGGUUUCUCUCCUCUCUCUCUCUCACACACCUUUCUCCUCCAUCCUUGAACCUCUUUUGGCUGGAUGAAUAUUAAAAUACCUUUUGUAGUUAUAAUCUCCUGUCCUUCUCCUCACUAUCCUUCCACAUGAACACCUGUGUCCAGCAAUAACAGGUUUGCUGAGGUGGAAGCAAUAAGAUUCAGGCGUGCAGUUUAUUCUCGCGCCUUUCAGCCUAUGAGUCAAAUCUCCCAAUCAAACUUGUCUUACAAUUUGUUAAUUUUGCUUUUAGAAUUUGUAACUGAAAAAAGAUAUUACGAUGCUGCUGUUACCUUCUUGUUAUCUUUUUAAAAAAAUUUAAGCACAGCAUACUAUAAUAUAAUCACUAACAAGAAUUGUCACAAGCGAACUUUGAUCAAAAUCCAAUUAAAAUAACAAAUCAGAACAGGUGCUUUAAUGCAAAUGAAUUCAUUUGACAUGCGUGUAAAUUAUUGAUGAAUACCUUAUGAAUGAUAGGUCCAAGCAAAGACUCUUCCAAGAUUAGUUUCAUCGUCUACUUGCUGUUUUAGUAUAAUUCUAUUCUAUUAGCACUCCUAUAACAAACUAGACACUUCCAUAAAGAAGAAUUAUAAAAUUACGUAAUAAAAUAAUAGUAAUCCAAUGUCACACAUUUAUCUAGACCAAAAAUCACCUUGUAACUACUGUGAUGGGGAACAUCUUAGUUAUAAUAGAGCUUAGGUCUAGUGCAUUUUUAUAUUCUAAAAUGUUCGAUUUGCUUUAUAAAUAGCAAAUGUUAGGUGUAAGGAGGAGUGAAGAUUAUUAUCUACUUUUAAGCCUUGAGCUUAUUUUUUUUCUCAAGUUUUGUUUGUUCCUUCUAGCAUAUCAUUUUUUCCAUCGAUGAACUACAUCAGCUGGUAUCAGAGUCUGGAGCUCGCGAAGAAUGGCGGACUGCGGAAGAAGAUGAGUUCUAAACGAUUGAAGCCGAAAAAGAUGGGUUGUCAAUGAGGACUGACGAUGGUCAACGCCAAAGAAGAUGGGUUGUCGAUGACGAUCAAAGCCAUGAAGCCUUUUGGGCAGCUCAAAUAAAUGCAUCACCUGAUAAAUUAGAUGAUUUUUGUUUUAAUUUCAUUCGAUCCGUAGAAAGAAUACGCAAGUCGGCAACCAUACAGACGCCUUCGCUCCUUUGCUUCUCCAGUGCGUCGGCCCCGCUCUAGCAUGAUUUUACCCUCAAGCUUACCGAGCAAUCCCACCCCAAAGAAUCUUCCGAACCUUUGGUUGUCGUGAGCAGAAGAAACAAACUGCGUAGCACGAGAAAGAGACCCGCGAGGAGAUUCAGCGAAAAGGCGUGGUAGGGGAUAAGUCGAAUGAGGCUCUCGCUCAGCACAAAAAAGAGGUUGCUGCAGAGCUCUAAAAUGCCUUUGACUUGCAUGUGGAUCGGCAUUGGACUGAGAAGAUUCUUCAGGAAAUGACCAAGAGAGAUCGGCGCAUCUUCUGUGAAGACAACAUCUCCUACAAGGGGUAUCGUAUCUCUCGACCUAUGCGCAAAUGGAGCGAGUAAGCUCAGCACUAAGCUUCUUAAGGCGGUUAAGAAGGCUGACUACAAGAAGCCAUCUCCCAUCCAAAUGGCAACCAUUCCUCUGGGUUUGCAGCAUCACGAUGUUAUCGGCAUAGCUGAGACUGGUUCAGGAAAGACCGCUGCAUUUGUCCUGCCCAUGCAUAUGUACAUCACCCGGUUACCACCCAUGACAGAGGAAAACGAGGCUGAGGGCCCUUAUGCAGUUUUCAUGGCUCCUACAAGGGAGCUUGCCCAACAGAUUGAGGAUGAAACUCUGAAAUUUGCUCAUUAUUUGGGAAUAAAGAUUGUUUAAAUUGUCGGUGGCUAGUCCAUAGAAGAUCAAGGGUUCAAGCUCAAGCAGGAUUGCGAGGUUGUUACUGCAACGCAGGGCCGCCUAAUUGAUUGUUUAGAACGUAAAUAUGCUAUUCUUAACCAAUGUAAUUACUUGUGCUUGAUGAGGCUGUUCGAAUUAUAGACAUGACCUUCAAGCAAUUUGAAGUCUUAGAAUGAGGACGAGGAGCUUGAUGAGAAGAGAAUAUACCAAACAACCUACAUGAUCAGUGUGACCAAGCCUCCAGCAGUGGAGAGGUUAGCUAGGAAGUAUUUGAGGAAUCCUGUGGUUGUGACUAUUGGUAUAGCUGGAAAGGCUACUGAUCUAAUUACUCAGCAGGUGGUCAUGUUGAAGGAGUCAGAAAAGAUGCAAAGACUUUUGAAGCUGCUAGAUGAUCCUGGGAAUAAGACAGCUAUUGUAUUUUGUAAUACAAAGAAGAUGCCGAUGCACGGGCGUGGCGUGCUGGAAAGAAUGGUGUGGCGACUACUCUCUUGACCUUGGGUGACACUGAGGUUUUCUAUGAUCUUAAACAGAUGCUUGUUCAAAGCAAUAGCCCAGUGCCGCCUGAGCUUGCUAGACAUGAGGCUUCAAAGUUUAAACUUGGAACUAUUCCUGAUAGAAUUCCGCGGAGAAAUGAUACCGUAUUUGCUCAAUUUGGUAUCGUUGAAGAAGCAAUGAAGAAAUUAUUGAAGCUCUACAUUUGCAUUGGUCGGUCAGGUCAACUUGUUGAUGUUGAAUCCCGAAUCAAAUCCAUGACUAUAGAAGCAUAUGAAGAUAUAUAGAAAAACCUUUUGUAUGCAUUCAAAAUCUUUGGCCCAAGAUGAUUGAUUUUGAUGUCUUCAUCUACCUCCCUCCCUCCCGAUGACGCGCCCCGACGGAGUCAAGCUCUUCUGACGCAAUGGGAAUAUGAUGUGGAACAUCUUAGUUAUAAUAGAGCUUAGGUUAAGUGCGCAUUUAAUUUCUAGAAUGUUCUAUUUGCUUUAUAAAUAGCUAAAGUUAGGUGUAAGGAUAGGAAGAAGAUUAUUAUAUCUUUUUAAGCCUUGAGCUUAUGUUUGUUCUCCAAUUUUAAGUGUUCCUUCUAGCCGAUAUUUUCUUCCAUCGACCCACUACAUCAUACUAUAUUGAAGUAAAUAAAUAUAAUUAUCCUUAACUUAUUGUCAAUCAUGCACUUAAAACACAUAAAUAAAUUAAUUUAUGUUUAAUCUUAUAAAUUGAUAGUUUAAAAUGAUGCAGAAGCAAGAUCUACAGAAUAAAUUACUAUGGAAGCAACCUCUACAGAAGUUACACAUACAUUUUUACCAGGAGCAGGCAGGCCCCAAAACUAAGAAAUGACCAACGUUUCUAUUUCUUGGCAACCAUUUGAGCAAAUUAUUAUACAUUAGCUUCAACUUCUUCACGAAGUAAUGACAUCUAUAAACCUAAAGAAAGAUAAGGAGGUCAUCCAAUAAUCAUAGACUUGAAAAAAUGUUAAAGUUUAUCAACUUCUAGCUGGCAUAAAAUCGAAUGGUUUGGGUCUAUCCUGUGAUGAUGCAAAAGCAGACUAUCAAGCAGCAAUAAGGUCAUCUAAGGGCUAAAAUAAGUAAAUAACCAACACGACACCUCUUAAUGAACUUUUGGACUGAUAUUCCAAAGAAUAUGAUUUGCCAAUUUAAUCCAUGUUUCUUUCGACAUUAGCAAUCCGGAUCCUUAUAUCCUAUUAAGCAGAAAAAUUCAAACAUAACCACUAUGAUGCAAUUCUCAAUGAAAAUUGACUGUGUUAGGGUGAGCAAUUUGACAUAUAACUUUUACUUUGAUAAUUUUAGUUCUUUUCAGGAGUCUUAGGUUUCGUUUGGAACGGCUUUCUUACUUCUUCUUAAAGCAGCUUUUUAGUACAAAAGUUUUAAUUUUUAUACUUGAAAUCUGCUUUAAAAAGUAGGAAAAAAACCGCCCCAAACGAAGCCUUAAUCUCAGUAAAAUGUGUAUGACAAUGAAUAUGAUGUACCAAGGAGCAAAAUGUGGUCUGUUUUGAUUCGUUGUUUCCUGGUUUCUCCAAAAUUUCUAUGUUGGGUCCUUCGUUCUCAAGGUACAUAGUUGCUCCGUCGGUCAGCCUUCUCUAUACAGGUGUCAUUCGAGGCUUGCCAGAUGGGUGACCUUACUUCUAUCAUCUUUAUCACACCUUGACCAGCUCCACCUCUUAAAUCCAUUGGUUUAUGUGUGAUUAGUGUACCUACUUCUGUUAUGAUUAUGUUUUACAAUCACGCAAUCAUAAUUGCGUGAGUCUUGCAGCUUGUUCUAUCACAAUUGUGAGGAGUUUUGAUCGCAAUUUGUGAACAUGCGAAAAUUCCAACUAUGUGGAACUUGAGGAAAAAUCCAAAAGAACUUUGAAAUAAAGUUUAGUUGGAUGUGCUACUCAGAUUACUCCUGCUUCCAAUAAUGUAUUUGAAGGUUUUCGAAUGUGACUAUCUCCUUGUUCAAGUAUAAGGCUUGAUUAUUCUACUUUUUGACAAUUAUUUCUUUAUAUUUUAUUUAUUUUCUCUAAAUUUUAUUAUUGGAUUGAUUGUGAUUAAUUUAUUCAGAUAUCAUAGAAUAUGA